AUGACAACUGCCUUGGGCCGCUUGCGUCUAAUCACAUUUGACGUCACGAAUACUUUGCUGCAAUUCCGUACUAGUCCUGGUAAACAAUAUGGCGAAAUUGGUGCACUUUUUGGUGUGCUUUGUGAUAAUGAUGAGCUCGCAAAAAAUUUCAAGGCUAAUUGGUAUCUGAUGAAUAGAAAAUAUCCCAACUUUGGACGCAAUUCGCGUAUUGGCUGGCAACAGUGGUGGCAUCAGCUUAUCAGUGGCACAUUCGCUGACAGUGGCUCAUUAAUACCCGAGGAUAAAUUAGGAAACUUAUCCAAUCAUUUGUUGGAGCUUUAUAAGACAAGCCUUUGUUGGCAGCAUUGUAACGGCAGCAUCGAUUUACUCAAUUAUUUACGCUUGCAACAACAACUCGCUACAAACCAUCACGAGAAUGAAUUUAAUGAUGAUCACAGCAGUCAUAAAUCGCCAAUUUCUCUGGGUGUCAUUUCCAACUUUGAUCCGCGCUUAGACAUUCUAUUGCGUAAUCUAAAAAUCAAGCAUUAUUUUGAUUUUACAAUCAAUUCUUAUGAUAGUAAUUGUGAAAAGCCAAAUCCUGAAAUAUUUAACUUAGCCAUGCGGUUGUCGGAUUUGACUGAUUUGAAGCCAGAAGAAUGUUUACAUAUCGGUGAUGGCCCAACCACAGAUUAUUUGGCAGCGAAAAAUAUUGGCUGGAAUUCCGCACUUAUACACGAGAAGAAUGUCAACUAUCUCAUUCCAAAAUAUGGCGACAAAAUUGAAGAACACUUCGUUUUCCCUAGUUUAUAUGAUUUUCAUAAAAAUUUUUCAAAUAAUUUUAUAAAGUGGUGAAUUAUUUUAACAUUAACUAGUGUUUACUACUACAGCCUAUGUAAUAAAUACAAAAUAUACAAACUCAUCUGGAUGAUCGUGCUUGAUCAGUGAGUA